GUUGAUGACAUGCUCGCAGGACUAUGUGUGUGUGGACAAAGGGCUUGCUUCAGACAGUCACAUGGCUGAUCUUACACGACUGGGGUGAAUAGUGAACGCUAAAAUAUGAAUGGAGUUGUGUUUCAAGAAGACCUUGGGCCAGGAGCACAUUCCCCUCUGUCUUUCAUCUGUAAACAAUGUGAUCUCGUAGCCUUAUUUAGGAGUAAAACUCUGCAGAAGAUGCAUGCUGAUGUCUCUGAUGUCUCAGUAACUAAAAUUUGUCUGGGACUCCAUGAAAGCAAAGUCCUGGCUUAUUUUUUUCAGUUAUUAAUCUGACAGCAUGUUAUGCAUAUCAUACUUAUACAGCGUCAGCACUACACUGAAACCAAUAUGAAAGUGACUACAAGAGUGAAGAAUGAAAAUCUGGACCCACUGACAGGCAAACAAUGCCGCCUUUGUCCACCUACUGACUCGCAAACAUUUAUGGAACAUAUUCAUCCCAGUCCCUCCCUCAAGAUGAACUCCUCUGAUGUCACCACUGUCCCUGUCCCGUUCUGGACUUCCAUGGUCAACUCCAACCAAGUUUCCAAUUCCCCCAACAUCACUGACGCUCCACACCAGAUGAAGGCCAAGGCAUGUGAGCAACUCACUAUCGCCACAGAGGUCUUCCUCAUCCUUGGCAUCAUCAGUCUCCUGGAGAACAUUCUUGUUAUCUCUGCCAUAGUGAAGAACAAGAACCUACAUUCACCCAUGUACUUCUUCGUGUGCAGCCUUGCUGUGGCGGACAUGUUGGUGAGUGUCUCCAACGCAUGGGAGACCAUUAUUAUCUAUCUGCUCAACAACCAGCAGCUGGUGGUGGAAGAUCACUUCAUCAGGCAAAUGGACAAUGUCUUUGACUCCAUGAUUUGCAUCUCAGUGGUGGCAUCCAUGUGCAGCCUCCUGGCCAUUGCUGUGGACCGCUAUGUCACCAUCUUUUAUGCGCUGCGCUAUCACAACAUCAUGACUGUGCGGCGGGCAGCCAUGAUCAUCGCUGGGAUCUGGACCUUCUGCACUGGCUGCGGCAUCAUCUUCAUUGUGUACUCAGACAGCACGCCUGUCAUCGUGUGCCUGGUGUCCAUGUUCUUCAUUAUGCUGGCCCUCAUGGCUUCGCUCUACAGCCACAUGUUCAUGCUCGCCCGUUCACACGUCAAACGCAUUGCUGCCCUGCCAGGCUACAACUCCAUCCACCAGAGGGCCAGCAUGAAGGCGGCGGUCACACUCACCAUCCUGCUGGGCAUCUUUAUUGUGUGCUGGGCCCCAUUUUUCCUUCAUCUCAUCCUCAUGAUCUCCUGUCCCAGGAACAUCUACUGCAUGUGUUUCAUGUCACACUUCAACAUGUACCUCAUCCUGAUCAUGUGUAAUUCUGUUGUUGACCCUCUCAUCUAUGCCUUCAGGAGUCAGGAGAUGCGUAAGACCCUCAAAGAGAUUAUCUGCUGCUACAGUCUGACGAAUGCCUUCAGAAUGUCCAAGUAAAGUGCAAGGCAUGGUGACCCAAUGUUCUCCAGCACACAAUGACAAACCCAAACUGUGGAUUGGUGUAUCGUUCCUUUGUGUGACUAUGGGAAGUUCUCUCGAAUGUUCUACUUGUACUCACAGUGACUCAUUUGGCUUGUGUUUUUUUUUUGUUUUUUUUUCUGGAACAUUCUAAAGCCAACAGCCUACAGUGUUGGUGUUUGUUUGAGAAUGGAGGGCCUAUAGUAGAACAGCAGAGUGAAGUUUAAUAUCACAAAGGAUUUACUAGUAUGCAUCAUGCAAAUGUAUUGAGACUGUAAUGCUUUGGAGACUGUCGCUGUAUAUAAAACAAUGUCUGCAAUGCUUACUGAUAAAUAUCAUAGACUAAUAGUAAAGAUUACUUUGCAGUGCUUUUAGAUGUAAGUAGAAUUUGGCCUUGGUUCUCAUCACACAAUCAUGAAAUAGUCUUUCAAAUUGUGUCAAAGAAACAAAGUGUCUACAGACACACAGCAUUUCAAGUGUUUUUCAAGUGGUGUGCAUUAACGAGUAAACCAGUUAUUAGUGCAAUUAGCUAAAGUUAUUUUUAAACGUUUCGAUUACUGUUUGCCUGCUUAAAACCUCUGAAACUUAAAGGUGAAUUACAGUAUAACACUUAACCGAAAAAAUUAAGUAUGGCUCCAUAGAGACAUGGCUAUGUUUACUAAUGUUCCAAGAGUAAAACACUGUUUGUGAACAUCAUGCAGUGACCAUGGGCUCAAGCUGUGGAUGCACAGUAUGGCUUUCUUGUGCUGGAAAUACCGUGAAAGGGACUUUGUUUUGUAGAAUAUAUCUAAUUAUGGUUUCAUAAAAAGGAACUACCGAGUUAGUUUCUCUCACUUCUGCUUAAACUGAUUUGGGAAUGAGAAUGUAGAAGAGGUGACCAGGCAAAAAGUGAUUGAGCAGGAAAUGCAUAAAGAUGGAAGAGAGAAGGAUGACUGGCAUUCCAAACACAUAUAAACUGCAUUUCUGUCCUCAGUGCAAUAUUUAUGCUCCUUUCAGGUGGAGAAAAACAAGUUCUGCAUCUGAAAUACAUCUGGCUUGUAACAUUUCCAAACAUUUCCCCCUGGGUUAUAUAGUGAGCCAGUAACGCUGUAGACAAGCAUUUUUGCUAUUCUGGAUAUCCUGCUGAUCUGAAGCUUUUAAAGGAGUUUUUCCUCUGUUAGCAGUGUUAAAAGUAGCAUAGAAUACCUCACUACAGGAAUCCAUAGUAAAAUCAUUAAGUGCCAAGAUGAAAAGCUGUAUCAAAGAUGUUGUGAUAGUCUGUCACAAACACUGUCACAAACACUGUCACAGACACUAUAGUUGACAAGUCUGAUGUCCCCUAGGACUUAGAUGAAGAAGUCUCAUUUAGUGGUUAGCAUUCAGGAAACAACCUACAGUUUGAUCUUUGGAUGUGUUGUUCUCUUCAGCAUUGAAGAGGACAAGUGAGCAUGCCAGGUGAAGACCUGAGAUCCUGACUGCAGAGUAUUGUAGAAAUACAAGAGGAUAAUGUUCAAUGGAAAGAAUAAAACAUAUCUAAAGCUCAGUGAUCUAAUUUGUUAGUCCUUGCCAUUGGCAGACUUACUCAUGAGAUCAAACAAGAAGCGCUUCCUAUCAAAAUGACAAGCUUACACUCCACAAUGCUUGCACUGAACCACAAACAGCACCCACUAUCCUAAGAUGGCCUAUCAAGAUUAAUUUCCUGUGGAAAAAAUACGAGAUACUAACAAGAAAAAAAACAAAAGCAUAAUUACUUUUUAUUCCAAACUAAAUUAUGCAAGUAUCCAUGAUCUCAUGGUUUCAGAGCAAAUUUGUAUAAUGAAAUCUUCCUGUAAUGCCAUUUCCUUGUGGAAUGCACAGUGAAGAAUGAAAGUAGUCAAUGUGCAAUAGAAUUUACAUUUUGAACAUUCAGAAACAGAAUGUUUUUGUUACUGACCAACGAACCUGACUGUCAGAGGGCAACAACAAUAAUAAUAAUACACCCUAAUGAAAAAUAAGACCCAUUAAUAGGAGAUGCUAAUCAAAACCGUGAUAUGCUAAUGAAAAGCAAGAUGUGCUAAUGAAAAGGAAGUACGCUACUGUAAAGAAAGACAUCUGAAGAUAAUUGCAUUACAGGUCAAAGGCAACAUGUAAUUUUACCUUAAUUAUGGCUGUUGAUGUGGUGUAUCAUUUAAAUCAAUGUGUAUUGGAAAUCUUAUAUUUCCAUCAGUGUUUUGUUUGUACUGGCUUUGUCUAUGUGUUAUUCUAGUUUCAGACUGGGCAGUUGUUCUCAGGUUGGUAAACACAUUACAUGUGGGGGUUAGUGUUUAACCACAUUUUCUGUAUUUCUAAUUAAGUCACGCAUGUAACAAAUACAGUAUAUAAAUUUGAUUGUUGAAUGAAAACCAAGUGAUGGUGAAUUCUUUAGCAGACAUGGGGAUGAAAUCUGAACAGCAUGCAUAUCUUAGCAGUGGUAGAAGAUCUGACCUCUGCUACUCUUAAUAGGUAAGCAGCGAGUUUCGUCGUUGAUGGCAAUGGACACCUUAUCACACCAGCACUGAUCCUUGGUUGUUCGUUGCAAAGUGCAGAUUUACUCUUCAGAAUUAAUCAGAUAUACCCUUCAGAAUUACAUCUGACCAAAUGUAGUUUACAUCAGGCUGUUUCUCGAAGACAGCCACAUUCCCUCCCUGCCAGCGGGGUGCAGUAUUGCAGGGACAGCUUCAGCCUGUUAUCGCUCCUUGGCAGAGCCGGCUUUGCUCUAGUGCCGAUAGGAGGAAAAUCCAUCUGAAAGCCACUCAGAAUAUCACAGCUGCUACCUCAGAGACAGUCUGUGGUGUUCUGCCCUGAGCACAGAGCUUGGCAAUCUCAAGCUCCUGGCAGUCUGUUGCUGGUGCGCGUAAUGACAUUAUUCCCAUGCGGCCAUAGAACACUGCCACAUGGCAAAUGGGACAGUUUAGUGAUCACUGUAUGAAGUUCAGAGGUUUAACUAUGGUGAUGCAACUCAUUUUUGGAAGGCAGAAAGCAAUCAGUGUGUUCACAAGCAGCAGGAUCUGAGGAUAUAAUACACUGUCCAAAGCUGAUGUGUCACAAUGUGCUGUACUUUUUUUGCCCUGAUUUAAUCUAAUUAAAUAGAACUUUAGCAGGUGUUUUAAAGAAAUUAUGC